CAUCAGAUGUCAACUUCCGGCGUUUACCUUGCAGCUCCUGGGACGAUGGCCGGCAGAAUGGUAGAGGAUGAUCUAUUUGAUAGUAUUCUGUUGGCAGAAGAAAGGUUCCGUGGUGAAGGCUAUCAGGAGGGGUUUGAGAAGGGGACCCGCCGAGGACUGCAGGACGGCCGCAGACAUGGAGCCGCUCACGGGGCCCGGCUGUCCUGUGAGAUGUCCUUCUAUUACGGGUUUGCUGUCACGUGGAAGUGUCUCCUCCGGCAUAGCACUGAUGCCAAAUCGAGAAAGCGUGUGAAAGCACUGGAGACCCUCCUUGGUUUGAUCCAAAGCUCUCCUAUUGAUGAUCCCCAGUCUGAGAAGCUACAGGAUGACAUGGACAAGCUUCGAGCCAAGUUCAGACAGGUCUGCUCUAUGCUCAGUGUCCCCGCUGACUUCAAGGAUUACAUCAGAGUGGCCGAAGGGACUUCAUUCUGAUUCUGUCCUGAUGAUGGAGCAGAGCCAACCUCUGCACCCCAGACAGAAGGUGGAGGCUGAGUUGAUAUCAGCCUUUAAUGCGCCAGCAAAGAGUGGUCUGCAGUGGAUUCACUGGAGUGUGAAACAGUGACAGUGUGACAAACAGUGUGUGAUCCUUGAUAAUCUAGAUCAGUCUGAGAAGGAAAUGUUGUCACUGCAGAACUGAUGUCCAGACUCUAGAAACUGCGGAUUUAUUGCAGUGAUUUAGUUUGGACUGCAGAACUUAUGAUCAGGACAGUAACUUUGUGUGAAGACUAUGAAGUUGUGUCCACGAGCAGAACAGAAAACAGCAACAUCGGUUCAGCUAGAUGAUUGUUGAUGAAGGUAGUAAAGUGCAGUUUAGAGUACUGAAAGGAAAUGUGAUUAAUUCACCGAUGAUACAUACGGCAAUACAUGAAUGUUAAGAACAGAUGUACCUCCGUCUGCUGUACCUUUAAGAACAUCCGUUUUGAAUGGAGGAAUUUUAUUGUUUGCGUUGUGUGUAUGUUGUGUGUUUUGGCAGUGUGGUUUUGCUACCUGCAUCCAUGGAGACGGGAUUUUUUUUUCUCCUUAACUGUUGUGCCAUUUUUUGCACUGAGGUGUUCGCUGAUUCAAAGUGCCAGCUGCAGUGUGUAGGUGUCAUCAGCUGCAUACUUCAAUCACUGUGCAGAAAUAGGAGGAUAUGGGCAUAUAGAGCGUGUCUCGCUGAAGCAAUAUAGAUAUUGUGGCAUGACUGAUAGACCAUAUAAAUGGUCUAUGACUGCUAUGGACUUUUAAACUGCAAUGAAUAAUACGGUUAAUUGGUUUGUCUAAUUAAUCUUUUUAAAGUUUUCCAGUUAUUCCAGAAUUCCAGUUAUUGUUCACUCCAGUGUUUCAGAUAGCAGAAUUUGAUUUCAUUAUUAUAAUAAACUGUUUACAUUUUGGAGAUGUCACCUUUAAACUGCACUUUGUUUUUGCAUUUACUGUUUGAUUAAAAGCCAAAUAAUUCCAAAAUCAAUCAAUAAAACAAGACUCACGUUUUUGUUAAUGCAGCACGUGACAGAUUAGAAUAGGACAUGGACAUGAAAUUUACAGAAACAAGAUAAUUGGGUAUAAACAUUAGGGCGUGUGUGUGUGGUGUGUGUGUGAGGACUGAUGUGUGAGUGUGAUUAAAC